AUGUGUCCGUUUAAGGAGCGCUCCAGUCCCAAUUUAUGCCAAACGCACGCGAGCAAUUCUUCGGCUUGUCUUUCUACCCCUUUAAGGGCAAUUCAAACGGAAAUUCAAAGAUCACAGUUGGAGAUGAAGCUGUGGCGACGCGACGAGAUGUUAUGGGGCGUUCUAACGCUCGUGAUGUUGGGGCGGAUGUCGGAGGCGACACAGCCAACUGCCGCCCCCAAUUCCAAGUGCAAAGUGUCCGAGUUCGAGUGCAGUAACAAGAAAUGCGUCCCACUGAAUCGGUACUGCAAUAACGUUAAUGAUUGCGGCGAUUCGUCGGACGAACCACGAUAUUGCACUAGAUGCAACAGGACUUAUUACGGCUUAGUGGGGAAGACUUACGAUCUGGAAUUGCACAGGCCGAAGGAGGACAAAAUCCCCUUCAUUUGCCACUUGACUUUUACGGCGGCCGGCGGCGAAUACGGCGAUCUAAUUCAGCUGACCUUCGACAGCUUCACGUUGGGUCGUUUCGUCUCGUUUACGUCGGACGGUUGUCCGGACGGUGCGUUGCAGAUCAGCGAGUCGCAACGUCCCCAGGUCGGAGGGUCGUGGUGCGGCACCUCCUGGGGUCCCGCCAUCUAUUACAGCGAAACGAAAUCGGUUGUCGUCGCAGUGAAUCUCUAUCGACUGUCCAAGGACCAGAACGGCUACAAUUUCGACUACAUCAUGGAGUACAAGUUUCUGAGGAAGAAGCUGGCGAUCGUCCGAUACGGAGGAGGAACGUUGCCGCCCCCUGCUAUGACGCCGUCACUUCCGGUUAACGAGACGGCGCCGUCUACACAACAAUUUUACGGACCGACGGCGCCCAGUCCGACGCCCGAACCCGAAUACUAUCUGGGCGAGCUGAUUGCAGGAACAUACUGUUCGAGGAUAUUCAGCGAUUGCGACCGCAAACACUGUCGAUUGCAAUCGCCCAAUUAUCCAGGCGUUUAUCCCAGAAAUCUUACUUGUUAUUAUGCCGUUAGGCAGCACGAAAUACCUCCAGGAAAACAUGCGUUGAUAACGGUACGUCAACCGAAGGGCCAACUGAUUUCGAUCAGGAGUCAGUCUGCCCUUUACGGUACUGCCAGUACGCGGGAACUAAAGGUAUGGAACGAUUGCGACGACGUUCAAGACUACGUGACAGUUUACGACGGUUAUACAACAAGAGAUCCUGUAAUUCUGAAGUUCUGCGGGGGCGGAGAACCAGUUCCGGAAGCCGUGAGCAGCGGUCACGAAUUACUGGUUGAGUUUUCCACGUCUCCGUAUGGAACGUUUUUACAUCCAACUCCUGUGCAAAGUUUGCACGGAUUUCAACUGGAAGUGGAGGUGAAGUUCGUGGACCAACAGUCGCCCACGUAUGUGAAACAGAAACGCCAGUGCGAGUUUUGGGUGAGGGGAACGAAUCGCGGUAUUUUGGAAAGCCCCCUUCAUUCGUUGCCCGCCAACACCACAUGCCUUUAUCAUCUUCAAGGGUUGGACACCGGAGUUUCGCCUUCUCCCGUUCCGUUUCGACCUUUGGCGCCGAGGUAUCCGGACUGGAGGCACGUCGGCAUGAUCCUUCCUCCACCCAGAUAUAGAGUAUGGUUGUCGGUGGUGAAGUUUCAAUCUGCUCUCACCCCUGCGUGGGAUCCUCAAAAGACGGGGGAGAUUUGCAGGAGUUAUUUGAACGUUUGGGACGGACAACUUUGGGCUCCUACCAACUGUAACGACUUUUACUGCGGAAUGUCAGUGGGCAAAAAGGAUAAGACGUCGAAGUCGGCGUUCUCGGCACCGCCGCCGGGCACGGUGAACGUGGUGGGCGCGGGCGUCGGCGGCAAGAAGAACGUGACGCUGCUGGCGCGCUAUUGCAGGGAGCACGUGCCCCGCAGCUGCGACCAUUCGCUGCUCGCCAACGACACGCGCCACCCCCGGCCCUGCACCCUCAAGGAGAGUUUCCUGACCACCGGCGACAGCCUCACGCUGGAACUCAAGCUUGCCGACAGCACUGCUCUCAGACCAGUUCAGUUUAAAGCGAUGUACGAGUUUGUGGAUCUGCAUCUAGAUGGAGAACCGUACGGUGAUGGCCCUUGUUCGAGGAGGUUCAGUGCCAUUUCUGGAGACGUACAGCAUCGGAAAUUCAAGUCGCCUCGCGACGUUUUCUUGUACGGACGCGGAGGAGCCAAAAAUAUAAGUUGCGUGUAUCGAUUCGAGGCGCAGAAAAACGAACGAGUCAAGAUAACAAUAACGAAUAUGACGGUAAAAAAUCGCGCCUGCACUACCGUCAUCAGCAAGGACACUGACCGUCUGGAGUGCAGGGGCAACGGCUCAGCGGCCGUCCGUUUCUACGACGUACCGUGGCAGGACGUGGUCGGCGUCCCGAGGGAUUGUUUGUGCGCCGUCGAUCCCGACAAGUUGCUGCCGUUCACGUACAUUUCAUCGUCGAACGUCGUUGAGUUGCGGUUCGAUGUGAACGACAUGAACGCCACGGACGACUUCAGCACGUUGCACUUCGAGGGCAGUUGGAAGUUCGUGCAGAUGCCGGUUUGCGGCAAGAAUUUGAGGAUGAGGGGUGCGAGCGGCGAGAUUCCCUUCGUCUAUCCCUUCGAAUCGGAUCAGGUCAACUGCGAAUCGUCACCACGAGUGAUCAUUCCCUCCCAAAACAAGUACUUAUACGUAAAAGUCAACGGAAUGAUAAUGAGACAAACGAACAGAUACAGAAACGGCACGAUUGCGACCACAAUUCUGACGGAUCACUGCGACACCUCGAAUCGGAUUACGGUUCAUAACGCCUUGUAUUCCGCCUUGAUUUGUCCCUACGAUUCGUACCAAAGGAGACACGUGGUGGAGGUGUUCUCGGAAGGUUGGAACCCUGAAGGACACAACGUUGGGAAGAUGGCACUAGAUGUGGUGGAGAUCGACAGACUGGGAAAGGAGUUGCCCAGAACCGUGAUAGUAGAGUUUCACGGAAAAGAACCAGGAUCUUAUUCCGUCAUGUGGUUGGAGUUGAGCAAAAGGAGAGACGUCCCGCCAAAUGGUCUGGGAUUAUUCAUGAUGAAACCGGAUGAAUGCCAGUACAGAUGUCCAGAAUUGGAUGCCUGCAUUAACGCUACGGUUUGGUGUGAUGGCGUGGAAGAUUGUCCCUCUGGCAUUGAUGAGGCUCUAACCCAUUGCUCUAUUAUCCUCCAGCUUCCGCCGCUCUAUUUGUUUUUAGGAUCCGUUAUCCUGAUGGUCUCCAGUUUUGGAGUGUGUUUCGGACUGUGGAAAAGUUGUCGCAGAAGACCAAGAUCGAUCCUUCAGACACGUUUGCAGAGUCUUUCGUCGGACACCGCGAUUGUCGACGAGAAGGGGAUUAUAUGCAGCUGACACAGCGACAAUUCUGUGCGUUACGUCGAAGUGGACAGGGUCACCACGGUGUGACAUCUUCCCAAAACGGUGCACAGAAUUGUCUCGAUGGUGAUCUGAAAUUCGGACGAAAUUAUGAAAAAUCAAAAAAUUAUUCAAAAAAAUAAUAUUAAUAAUAAUAACACAAUCCGAUGACGAGGACUUUUUAUACUCGACGAUUUACACGGACCAAAUAAUUAAGCGAAUUUUAUAGAAAUGUGAUUCAAUUUCGUGUAGGGCUUAAUUCAUGAUAACAAUUUUAGAUAUCAAGUGAGAUGAGUCUAUUAGAUGGUCACAGUCUUGUGACCGUUUCAAAAAUUAACUGUUGCAUUUCGGGGCGUAUUAAGCAGGGUGCAUUAUAGAUUUUAUAUAUACAUAGAAAGUUAACAGAUUAUUUAGUGAAAUUAAAUUAAAAUUAGGGUAGGAAAUUUCGAAAAACAAAAAUGUAGGCUUUACUCAUUACAAUUCAUAGAAAUUUCAUUACUAUAAAUAAGUAGAUAAAUGCAUGCGUUUAAGUUCUAGGAACUUCGAAUUUAAUGGCUAAAGCUUAUAUUCGAAUUUUAGCAAAAAGUACCAUUAAACUUGGUGAGAUUGAUUAAAAAAUAUUGCUACAAGCUUAAUUACACACAUGUUAAAUCUCACCGUUUUCAGUUGUGAAUUUUAAACGUUUUCAGUUGUGGAAAUAUUUUUCUUAGGCACUGUGUCAAACAGACACAAUGACUGAAUACACGAGUUGUACAUAAAAUGUGAAAAUUAGAGAAUCAAAACAAUUUAUGUGGCGAAAUUCCAAAGUUUCACUAGGAAACGUCACAUAAACUAGCGAUUAACAAUAGGAAAAUAUUUAAACAAAUUAUUAAAAUUAGAAAUGUCGGUCUGUUCCGGAUGUAAAUAAAUUUGAGAAUGGUUUAAUAAUUUUGUUUUUGAGAUGGGUGAAGAAAUUUAAAGAAAUGGAUAAACAGAACUAAAGAAAUUUAAAAAAAAUCACUGCCAUUUCUACAUAAACUUAAAUAAUUCUGUUAAAAAGAAUAUUCAUCAUCUCAAAAACAAAAUCAGCUUUUGUUCGGACAGAUCGGACAAAACUGAAGGUUGUUGAUAACGGAAAAUUUUAUAUUAAACCCGCAUUCAUUAAACGCAGUAGAUUAAUUUAAAUAAUUAACUAACAUUAGCUAGUUAAACACGUGAAGAGUUUGUGAUGUAGAUACAUUUAACAUAUUCACCUUUCUAUACUUUCCAGCCAUGUUAACUUUAUCUACAACAAUUUCCAAAUCGACAAACAUACUGAACAACACAGACCCGACGAAAAAAACAAAAGAUUUAAGAUGACCAAUCAAUUUUCAGCAUUGGCCUCAAAUUGAUCCGUAAAAACACGCAUAAAAUGUUCGUUUUUCUUUCAUUGUGCACAUCAAUUCAUGCGUCUGUGAUAUGAAAAGUGUUUGUUUCAAGGUGGAAAAAGUCACUCGGUGAGAUAUACUGCCAUUUCCGGUCUAAACCGGACAUAAUAAAAAAGGAAUAGGAUUGUUUUAAUCUGUGAUCCAGUUAUGUUCACGCAUGCCCUUUCUUUCCUUUGCCACGUCCGUUUUGAGUUGAGUCUUCCCAUCAAUUCAUAUCUGUGAUACGAAAACGUCGCUUCGUUCAUCGCAUUCACGAAAACUAGUGACUUUUCCGAAUAUUCCGAAAUACUGAAAAUACACCAAUUUUUCGGCUACGUCAUCGUUGUUCAGUAUCAAAAUUAACCAGAAAACAAGUGUUAAUUUUUUUUCUGGUUAAAAAGACAUGUGUUCAAUCUAAAUCUAAUCUUAAAACUUCAGAUGCAUAUCAAUGUUCGAGGCAAUGAAUAUGCAAAACGCAUUACUGCCAAAUAAACACUGCUUAGAUGGCAACAAAAUAUUAAAAAAAAAAAUUCGUAUGAAUAUAACGGCUAACUUUUGUAUAUUUUUGGAAAUAUUUAACAGACGAGUUGAUUUGAACACUUCACUUUUCAUUUGUUGACAAUCGCGUAGCCAAAUAUUCAUAUCAACAAGAAACGGGGAAAGGUGUUGGUGAAAUGAUUGAUUGUCUACAAUAACAGCAAUAACACAAUAACAAACCGAAAUUAUACUGCCAUUUGACGGGUCGAAUAUGUAGACAAACGAAUCGUUUUUGUUGGCACGUUUUCGAUGUUUAAAAAAACACGUUCACAAAAAACAUUGCCAUUUUCAUUGUAUAUAAUAUUUAAAUAAAUUUAAUGAUGUUGAGUUAAGUUAUUGAGAAGUUAUUAUAAAUGAUUAGCGCAAAGUCAGGUGGACUGACAAUAAGUUAGUGAUCUUUAGUCUAAACAAUAAAACAAUUCCUAUUUCAUGAAUUUUGUUACGAUGAGAGUUGAGAGGAGUUUAAUAAAGGGUGUUGUGAUUGUUUUAAAAUAAAAUUAUU